CUCACUUUUAUCGUGCUUUUCUUACAAAAAUGCGUAGGCCCGUCUUGGAGGAGCUCACGUCGUUUGUAGGUACAGUAGGUACAACCACUUUGGAAAAAAUCCAAACCAUGUCUACUUCCCCUGGAGCGGCCAACGCCGCUGUGGAGCAGCGUUUCUUCGACAUGCUGGAUGCAGAUGUGAAACGGCUCGGCUCCACAACGGAAACGGAAGAGCCGGAGCGGACAAGCUUUGUAAAAGAGGCGGCUACAACAACUUCUGCAAAGGACCACGAUAUUUUCACCUCUAGUAGUUCACCUGCCUCCCUCCCCCUUUCCGACCACUCCGCGUCCCAGCUGGUGACGCUGAUUACGAAGAAGACCGCCGAGGUUGAGGAAGCGGCGCAGUCGUGGACCCGGAGGCUGAUGGCGCACCGUAGCACGGGGAUGGCGAACCAGGGCGGGACUAACAGUAUUAGUACUGCCGGUGUAAGUCCGGCGCUGCACCAGCUGGCCCUGUCCUCUGGGCUGUUCCACAGUGAGGGAGAUGGUAACAACUACCCGGAAGAUGACGAGGGAUUGUAUCACCCUCGCGCUGCGAGAGAAAAAUUCGGGAACACGGCGACCGGUGCGACAAGUGGCACAACUACUGGUUCCUCUUCUUUGACAACUACGACCAUGAAUCCUGGUAUUUCAUCCGUCCGCCCCGCCCCGGCCGCGGACGACAUCCUCGACGCGCCGCCUCCGUAUGGAUUGCAAAAAUGUCUUUGUCGGGAAGAUUGCAGCUUCUCAUGCUGAAUCCGAAUCAUGCAAAAGUCUGUGUUGCAUGAGUGCCAAAAGCUGUCCACUUUCGACCAAGUUGGGACGGAGUUUCUCAUGCAGGAUAGGCAUGAAAGAGACAUCACAGACUCUGUCAUGCUAGGUCCCGCAUUCCAGACCUCAAGGGUCAUGGAAAACCUGCAUGACAAGUUCACACUCUUCCAGACCUAGACAUUUUUGCAUUUCAUACCCUGUUGAGCAAGCUGAUGACCUCCGCGUCCAGCAGCGUGUCUGCGCGGGCGAGCCGGUUCAGCAGUGGUUCUUACCAGGGCGGUCAGGAGGUGGGGACUAGCGGCUCUUCUGCAAUCAAUUCUGCGGUUGUACUAGCUAGUGGGGCGAACAAUGCUAAUCAAAAACAAGAGCCAAAAAUCUCCUGGAUGACCAGACUUGUUCCAUCAUCAGCAUCUUCCGCGGAUCUACAAAGUAAAUCCUCGCCGAACAAAGCUGCGAUAUUGUUUCCCAGUUCGACCUCUUCCUCCCCAUCGAAGUUCCCGCAGCACUUUCGCAACCCCGCACACGAGGCGUAUAACCACGCUCUGGAGUUCUAUCCAGGAGCUGCUCCCGGCGGCGAGAGGAAUACUAAGUCCCAAUCGGGCGAAGACUUUUCCACGACCUGCGCCAGCUCGUCCAAGGGGAGUUCCUCGAGUAAUUUCCGGAACACGAUUCUCGAUCAGCAAAAUUUGCUGCUCACAGGAACGACAUCGAACACAGUUCUGGGAGGAAAUAACUAUCGCGAGGAGGACCAAGCUGCAGCUGGUGGGCUUCUUCACUACAAUCAGGAAAAAUCGCUUGCGACGUUUUACAAUCCGAAGAUCUUCGACUACCAGAAAGAGGAGGAACUUUACGCGCAGAAUCUGCAACUACUACAGUCGAGGUCCAGCACUGCAAGUUCCACCGGAGGGGGAGCCGGUAAUAUGAAUAACGUCUUCGCUGGAGCAGGAACAUCAAGCGGUGGUCGUCCAAAGUCCAGCUUUGGCACGACGACAGUCGCGACGGUUUUACCCGGUUCUAGCGACCAAGAAGAUAUACUGGGCGUUUCCAUGUCCGCAGGGACAACUUCUGCUGCAACGAAGGCUGGCAGUAUUGGAACAAUCACAGCAUCAAAUCUCUUGAUGUCCCCGUCUGCCUCGAAAGCCGUUCUUGCAGGGGGCACGUCGAGUAGCUCUUCCUCUUUCCGUGAUUAUCGGCGAAAAAGUCCCUUUCUCGGGCGGGCACGGGAAGCUGCACGGGCGGAAGCGUUGAGGGCGGCCGCGGUUGCGGAGCAGGCGGAAAUUGUGUCCUUGCGAGAUGAGCAAAGUGGCACGGUUUUUUCACGCGCAGAGGCCGCACGGGGAUCGAAAAGUAUACUUUGACGGGUUUUCGUUUUCUUUUGGGCGUCGAAGAUUCAUAUGUUCUUGUGCCUGUUGCAUGGUAAGUAAAUAGCCGGUCGUUUUUGCUACAUGCUUGCUUGCUUGUACGGAGUUCCUACUCGUGAAGACACCACUCUUACUCAUUUAUUCCUGUGAUUCCUAUCAACAGACGCCACGAGAUCCUCUGCCUCCUCAUCGCACCAACUCGGAGAUGGACAUCAACAGUCUCCAGCGGGUGGAGGUCUCUACUGGUCAACCAAGCGCACCUCGUCUCCUUCCAAAAACCUGCAUUUUGCGAGCCUGAACAGCGACCGGUAUUUGUCCAAUAUGUACAGCACCAGCCCGAGCAAGAAGUAUGACGGGGACAUUCUAGGUUACAGCAAGAACCACCUGAAUGUCAUGCGCCGGGAAAACGGCGCGGACAUUUUGGAAUACGCAGCGAGGACAUCACGUUAUGGGAUAUCGCAAGAGCUACCGGCUGCAGGAGACGACUUCGCCGAGGCAGAGGCCCAACGACUUCUUUUUCUUGCGAAAAUGCAAGGGGCGGAAGGAGUUUCUCCGAACGGAAAUCAAAAGCAACGCACACCGCUGUACCAAAUUCCUCCAUUGCCGCCACCAGCGCAGCUGUCUUCUCAUGGUGCCUCCGCGUCCUCGAAGAAGCAGAACAACUUUCCCAAGCCUGAGUGGUCUCCGGAAAUUGAUAAGUUUUUGCAGUCCACCUCUGUUUCGAGCAGCAGGUCUGGUGCAGGAGAACAGCAGCAGCUGCAGCUCCGCUUGAAACAAGCACAGGAAAAUAACCCGCCGCUCGGGCAUUCGCAGCUGAUGAUUCCCGGCAGUAUUAGCAAAGUGUCCGGGGCGGGGACCCCUUCUGCGACCCCAGGACUACAGCACGAGCCGUUGACUAUGAGCAGCAGAGUGCUGUCUGCGCCGACGUCGACGUCGUAUACCGGACAACUGGUGGCGCACAUGGGAGGUGGAGCAGGAAGUUAUAGAGGGCAAACUAACAGUAUGAGUAUUCGGUUGCAAGACCAAUACCCUCCGGCGCAUUCCGCUUUUGAUAAUUCAAUAAUCUCCACACCCUACGAGGAAUAUGCGUCGAGGCCCUACGCGGUUUCCAAUUCGUCGAGGCAGUUGCUACAACUCCAGCAGAACAACAUGCUGAACCAGUCUACAACUUCACAGCCCUUUCGCUCUGCGUCGUCCAGCAGAGGCGUGCUCGGACCGAGAAGAUUCUCAACCGAGCAGGAGAAUCUUGAUUUAGAUCAGCAGGAGCUUUUUUACGACCCCUCCCGCGUGUACGUGGAUCACGGGCGAAAAUACGACGAACCGCCGAAACGCAGUCCGCGCUGGUGGGAGACGGAGUUCAAACCGCCCGCGAGGGUCGUUUCGAGCGCCUCGCGCUGCACGACGCCGGCUGCUGGCGGUGUGCACAGCGGAAUGAUGAGUCACGCAUUAUCUGCUUCUGCUUCGUACAGUGCCUGUAGCACCCCGGGACUGCUGGCCCGGAAGCGCAGCAGCGGUAAUAUCAUUUUCCCGGGCACCCCGAGCGUUGCGGGGGGCGCCUUGCAAACCGCGAGGAGCACCAGUGGUUCGGUCAGCGGCAGCACGAGCUUGGGGCGCAGCUCCAGGUAUUAGUAUACAUAGUAAAAGUCGAUACCUUAGAUUUAUUUGCAAAAGAAAACCCCCGCUCUUACUUUGAAGGAUAUUUGUGAGUCAGAGGCUGGCAGUCUCGUGUUGAAGUUGAAGUUUUGAAAAAUUUAUUUUCAGUUCCAUUGAUAAAAAUCGCAGGCGGCGCAGCCGUAGCUCCUCCAAGCGAGCUCGAACGCCAACGGUAGCUCCGCCGGUCCUGGACGGGAAACCACUGCAUGCGUAUUGACUGGAGUUUACUUUGUAUUCGUUGAUUUUUUUGCAUGAUUCAUGCACGGAAUAUAAAACAUACUGCAGUGUACUUGUGAACUCACUAAAUUCAUCAAUCAGAUUCCACGCACCCGCUCCGGCCGGAACCUGGGGCCCGUCCCUUGUCAAGCUGAACACGCACAUCUACCCGGAGCAGCGACUGACACGUAGUUAAUUACUCUUAGGUAGUUAGUGACGAAGCGCUGGCUAUUCCAACUCAGAGCACGCCUGUGCUACAAAUUUGCUUUUCGUUUUUGAUUUUGUGCAGCACCACUUCGGAAAUCUAUAUGUGCAAAAAAAAACCUAAUCCGUAAAACUACAGGGCACAAAGACAAAGUGUACGACAAAGUCACCGACGCGCACUUUAAAGUUCCGCUAAACCCCCGGAGUUUCCAGCAGCACAGCGAGGCCAUGCGAAAGUUCCGACACCAGACGCGGGAUCGGGGCUGGGUGCCGUGAUAGGGUUAAACUGCCCCCUCGUUGCUCCGUUUUAACGGUUUUUUGACGAACACGGACUACAUCUACGACAGCCUUGAGCAUUGCUGACUACAACAGCCUUGAGCUUUGGAUGAAAAUUGAAUGCCUCCUCACUGACAACGCGCGUAUGGUUUUUAUUGAAUCGCGAAGUAAUAUGAAAGACGCAAAUCUGAUCAAACAGAGGGGGAAUAGAUGAGCCAGCUCCCAGUACUUUUCAGGCCAUUUUUCUUAUGGGGUCGUCAACGUUGUAUUUGCCUCAGACCGUAAAAAAAAUUCUGCGCGCAUUUUUUCGCGGCGCAAAGCUAGUAAACCUGUGCACGCUAGUGAGGGGCUGACUUGAACGCGG